UGGAUAUUUUUUACAAAAUUAUCAUUGGUCUGUUAGUUCGUUCCUUGCUUUUUGUAUGUGAGGUCCUAUGUUCGAGUCUUUUAUCCCAAAUUUUUCAGAAAGAUAAUAAAAACCUGGAAUUAAAAGCUAAAAACUAAGAAAACGAUACAAAUGGGAUUUGAACUCCUGCCUGGAAGAGGAGGAAAGACUAUGUAAACCAACUCUAUCAAGAGAAACUUAUGUUAUUAUUGUAGUUUCAAGGAAUAUAUGGUUGGCAUCUUUCACAGCCCUAGAUUUUUUUAGACUACAAUGGAGGAACGAAGCGGUAGUCUGUGCCACAGUAUGCACCAUAGUGGGUCCUCUUCUGAAGUGAGGGUGGUGAAUCUUGCCCGAUAAGCAUUUACCGGGUGAUAGACGCUUACCAACAAUCCAUUCUGAUGACCGGGACUAUUGCCCAAUAAGAGAACUUCAAAGUUGGCUGGAACUGUCAACUGGGGAACAGCAACUAUCGUUGGAGUAUUUGCUGGCAUGUUAUAUGGAGGCACCAAGGAAGCCUCUGCUUCUGUUAGCAAGGAUGCUGAAGUAACGUUGAAACUAGGGAGCACACCUGACAAGCGAGAGCAAUAUCGAUUGAUGAGAGAUGCAAUGGAGAAAAGGUUCAUACGAAUCACUCGUGGCUCAAUUGUAGGUGGUGUUCGUCUUGGAAUGUUCACUGCUGCAUUUUAUGGCUUGCAAAAUUUUCUUGCCGAGCAAAGAGGAGUGCAUGAUGUCUAUAAUGUCGUUGGAGCUGGUUCUGCUACGGCUGCUACAUUUGGUCUAAUCAUGCCUGGAUCGCUUGCCUGGCGUGGAAGGAAUGUCCUGUUGGGUUCAGUAUUGGGCGCAACAGUUUGCUUUCCAUUAGGUUGGCUUCAUUUGAAACUAGUGGAGAAAGCAAACGAAGAGAGUGUGGUUCUUCCCGAACACAAUCUAAAGCCCGGUGUAGGUGCCGCAAUCGAAAGGCUUGGAGGGAACCCGAGUGAAUAAUAAUACCGUCUCCAUAAUUCUUGAACUGUGUCGUACCAACGAGUAUGUUUAUGCCAGCAUGAGAAAGUGAUUAAAUAUACGACAGUCGCAAGAACGUAAAGCAGGGAAUGCUUUCUUAUGUUAAGGUUAUGUUGGAUACCGAGCCAACGAAUCUAGGAUCCAAAAUUUUGUAAGGUAUCAUCUUGUUUUUUCUUAACUGUAAUAGGAUGCUUGUUUAUGAGAUGUAUGCAGAUCUGACAUUUUUA